UGCUGCACAGGCACAUCUUCACGUUACAAUGUUAGGAAAUAUUCAUAAAAAAUGUGACUAAAGUGGUAAAAAUGCGAGUGGUUUGUUGUGUUGGAUAAUCUACAUCUGAUAGAUUCGCUUUGAUGCUUGCUCUAUAUAAUUUACCCUUUAAUAACAAAUAUAUGUACUACUAGUUACCGUAAGUCACUCAUCCAUUUAGUUAGCUCAAUAGUGACAAAUAUAGGGUAAAAUGUUCGAUUAUGCAAACAUGUUUUUAUCAAUUAAUGUAAUAUCAUAUAUAUUUCUUUGGAGCGCUUUUGCCUGUCUGAGUGUUGGAUUUAAUAUAGAUAUAAAGGAUACAGUGACAUUACGUGGAUUUUCGGAUCCUGGAAGUUAUUUUGGAUACUCUGUGGGUAUAGCAGUAAAUCAAAACACGGGAAAUAAAUGGAUUUUAGUGGGUGCUCCUCGAAGUAAUGAUCCAGACCUUCCAGAUGUACCGAGACCCGGUGCUGUGUUUGCCUGCACGCUUCCUUCACAAGGGAAUUCAACGUGUACCAAGUUGAACAUUGAUGAAACACAGGGACUUGAUAACGUGAACUUUGGUGGAAGAUCAGUUAAUUUCAAGCACGGUAGAAAUAAUUCCUGGUUUGGAGGAUCCAUUGAUGUUAUGAUGUCAGGUUCCUCUGAUAUAUUUGCUACAUGCGCACACAAAUGGUAUAACACGUAUUUUUAUGAAGAAAGAGACUUUAUCUACAUGCAAGGUUUGUGUUAUGAAGUUCCUCUUGAUUUAAACAUGGCAAAUGUGAAGAAGAUACCUGCUAUGACGAGAGAUGAUUUAAGAACAAUUUACGUGACGGGAGCUGACAAAACUGUGUGGAACUUCGGAUUUGCUGGGCUUGGAAUAUCUGUUCAUUAUACUAAGAACGCGGAUCACCUGUUGUUGGGGGCUGCAGGAAUUCUUGAUUGGAUUGGUGGGUUCGUGGAUCUGGAAGGCCAGCAAGUAAAAAUCAUGCGGAAUGCCAUAAACACCACUGACAUUAUCAGACCAUACAUAGGGUAUUCCUCCACAAGCGGUAUGUAUUUUUCUGACGAUCAGACAUAUCUCGUCUUUGGAGCACCGAGAGAAGAAAUGAGGGGCAUGGUGUUGUUCUUCAGAGCGGGUGAAGCUCAGCACAGUUUACAAAAUACUGCCAAGGUCUUAGAAGGUAGAGAGAACGACAAGACUUUACCUGCAAACGCUUAUUACGGAGCUACGUUAUGCACUAUGGAUGUAAACAAUGACCAGAAAGAUGACCUGUUUGUAGGAGCCCCAAUGUACAGUCCUUUUAUAAAUGACGCUUUCACCGAAGAGCAGCUGGAAACGGGAAUGGUGUUUGUGUAUCUUGGCUCAAAGACGUUUAUGGGAUUUCAGACACCACCUCAGAUAUUAAAGGGAACCCAGUCCUAUGGCAGAUUCGGAAGUGCCAUCGCUAACCUUGGCGACAUCAAUUCAGACUUUUACGCAGAUAUUGCAAUAGGUGCACCUUAUGAAAACAAUCUAAAAGGGGCUGUGUAUAUCUACAAUGGCUACACAGGCGGUGUUUGGCCACAAUACUCCCAGCGUAUACUUGCUUCGGAAAUUGACACUGGGUUGCGAGGUUUUGGUAUUUCAAUUUCAUCUGGAAAAGAUGUGAACUUAGACAAUUUAAACGAUAUGGUUGUUGGUUCCUAUCUCUCAGACAAAGCCCUGGUAAUGUUUGGGCAACCAUAGUCCCUGUACAUCCCCAGAUGGA